AUUUUGACAACAGCGAACCGGAAGUGUUUGUCUCCAUUGCUUUUGGAUCGUUUCAUCGGCAGCUUGUAGUUCCGCCAUGCAGCAAAGAGAAGAGAAACAGUUGGAAGCGUCGGUGGAGUCCCUAAUUUCUCGGGUGGCUCACGUCAAAAACGCUCUUCACAGUUUCAUUUACAAGUUGGAAAAUGAAUAUGAGAGAUUAACAUGGCCUUCUGUGUUGGACAACUUUGCUCUGCUCUCUGGUCAACUGAACACCAUCAACAAACUGCUCAAGAAUGAGAAGACGCCGUCCUUUCGCAACCAGGUUAUAAUUCCUCUGCUCCUGUCUCCGGACAGAGAUGAAGAUUUAGCGAAACUAACAGAGCAGCGUGUCCCGGUGUUCAGCCAUGAGAUCGUACCGGACUACCUGCGGACCAAACCUGAUCCGGACGUGGAGGAGCAGGAGAAACAGCUCAGUACAGAGGCAGCACGCAUUGGCCCUGAGUUGGCACAGAAACAAAUCCAGGCACUGAACAAGCUGUGUUCCAAUCUACUGGAGAAGCUGAACAAUCCACGUGAUGACAGAGAUUCUGAAAGUGCAACACUGAGACAAAACAAACCAUCUUUCAACCCCGCUGAUACUAACGCACUGGUCGGAGCGGUUGCAUUUGGAAAGGGGCUUUCUAAAUGCAGGCCUCCUGGUCCAGUUGCCCCUGGACACCCCGGACAAGGGCCCAUGAUGAGUGGAGGCCCGACCUUACAGCAGGUCACCAUCGGUGGUGGUUCAGGUCAGCAAGCAGCUAUGGGGGGACCUGCGGCUCAGCAGCAGCAAGGGCAGCCAGGUAGGAGACCUGGAGAGCUGGGUAAAAUGCCAAGCAGCAUCAAGACAAACAUCAAAUCUGCGUCUGGUUCAAUGCAUCCUUACAACCGAUGAGCUCCCACCUCGUCAUCUCUACCACCUGUAUUUGUUCGAUUCUGAACCUUUUAUACGACAACAGAUAUAUUUACAACAAGUACAUGAUGUCACCUUUGGAUGCUGUGUUAGCAUGCAAAGCUUUGUAAGAAGCUGUUAGUCUGUAAACCUGUUUCUGUGACGUGCAGGUUGAUCCGACAAACGCCUCAAACAAUGUUUUGCUCUUCGUAACUGAUUUAUAUGUACCAGAGUAUUUUUUACUCAACUAUAGUGUUGGAGCCACUAGAUGGCAGUAUGUCAUCAUUCCCUGGAUCACAGCAGCUUGAAUUUGUGACUUCACUCUUAACACUUUUUCAAUAAAGGACUUGUUAAAAAGA